CUUCUGUUUUUACUGCUUCAGACCGAUCGGGAUCACUCCUACUACACAACAUUCCCCUUUCCCAAUCCCAAACACCCCAAUCUCUCUCUCUCUCCGUCUCUCUCCCGCUGUCUCUCUCUCCCUCUCUAUAUACACAACCUCAAUGGCAGCAGCCAGUCUAUGGCGAGCCGUGACAGGCGCAUCACCCACCCCAUCAGAAUACUCAAACAUCGAGUUCUGGUCAACGCCGGAACGAACCGGAUGGCUGACCAAGCAAGGCGAGUACAUCAAGACAUGGCGCCGCCGUUGGUUCGUCUUGAAACAAGGUAAGCUUUUCUGGUUUAAGGAAUCUAACAUCACUCGUUACUCUGUGCCACGUGGCGUCGUCCCCGUGGCCACGUGUCUAACUGUCAAAGGCGCCGAGGAUGUUCUGCACAAGCAAUUCGCGUUUGAGUUGUCGACGAGGGAGGAUACGAUGUAUUUUAUUGCGGAUUCGGAGAAGGAGAAGGAGGAUUGGAUUAAUUCGAUCGGGAGGUCGAUUGUGCAGCAUUCGAUGUCGGUUACGGAUAAUGAAAUUGUUGAUUACGAUAAUGAUGAUAGUAAUAUGGGGAAAUGAUUUGUGUGUUUUUUGUUAGGUUAAUUGACUUUUUCGUUUUUGUGAUUUGUUAUGUCUGUUGUUAUGAGUGGAAUUUAUAAUUGUUGGAUACGUUAUGGUUUAUAAUUUAUAAUGAAAUGGAGUUUCGGUGAUUGUGUAAA